GCAGCUCUCUCUCAGAUUCCACCCAUCCUUCUGCAGUUUCUCUCUCUCUCUCUUUCUCUCUCUCUCUCUCUCUCUCUCUCUCUCUCUCUCUCUCUCUCACUCUAUCUAUCCCACACACAAACACACUCAGCAGCAGAGCAUCUCAGCAACACACUCAUUUGCUGCCUCCUGAACUCCUGUCCUCCAUUUCUAACAAGUGCGUCAGAGGCUGGAUAAGGAUCAGCAUGCCUGGGGAUACACAAGGCUUGCUGGACACGGACGCAGAGCUACCAGAUUUGUCCAGGCAAACCUCAAGCUCCACCGCCUCAACUCCAACUGACAGUGCCUCCAGCCCAUCUCCGAGCACUCCACCCAAGCUUUCCCCACAAUGUACCUCUCCAUUUGGACCUCGCUUGGUCUUGUCUAAACCAAACCCUUCUACUCGACCUCAACCAGAGGGUGCCAGCUUUGAAUCAGAUGGGCGCACAGUAGGCAGACUAACAGGGCGGUUUGGUAGAAGUGGAUGCAGACGAGGGCCAGUGAAAAUGGAAAGGAUUAAAGUUCUAACUGGAGCUGAAGUGGAGAGUGACUACCAAGAACCUGAGUCCAUGGAUGCAAGAGUUGUUAUGGGGCAAGAAGCAUUACUGAAAAACAUGGAGACACAGAUUGGUGUGCCUCCAGACAAAAAGACAAGUAAAGAAUCAUCCAGUUCAGAACCCACUCACUCAGAUACUUCUACCCUUCAAGUGGAGAGUCAGAUUAGUGUAGAGGAGAAAAAUAAACUUGAUACUGGUCAAGAGAUCGAAAAAUCUGCCAAAGUUAUGACUUUGACUCCAACACCUGAACAAGAGAAAGGUUUAGAUCAGCUACAUGAAUGCCCAAUUCUAGAAGCCAAAUCAGCAGAUACUGAGCUUACAGAAAGCAGCACCUUUUUCCCAGAUGAUGAAGGAGACAUGCUGUCUCUAUCUCAGGGUGAAGUGCCUUCUUUGUCAUUCUCUGAGCCCUCCUAUCCAGUUGAUCCUCAACGCAUUGGUGUCCUUCCCGGACUGGACCCGGAUCGUUAUUACACAGCCCCUUCCACUCCAAUUAAGAUGGCUUAUUGCUCACAUCUUAAGCAACAAUGGCAACCAAGCAGUCCAAGCACAGCUCCUGGUUCACCAACAGAUGAGUCUGAUCUGUGCUCCCCACCCACUUCUCCAUCUGGAUCCUACAUUACUGCUGAAGGUGGCAGUUGUACCUCCUCUUACAAUUCUGGCACUUCUCACUCCUGUUCACCUAAUUUAACAGCUGAAGCUGAAUUGCAGGAGGUCCCUGCCUGCUAUGUGAGCUCUCUUUCUGAGAUUGGAGAUGAGCUGGGAGAUGACAGACCUGUGGCUGAAAGGGAGCAUUGUUUGUGUAAACCUGUCAUGCCAGAGUUGACUGAGAGUGAGGAACAUGAGGCGGAAAGGAUAAAGAAAGAGACUUGUAGACCUCACUGGGUGACAGAGAGUGUUUCCUCACACAGGAGCAGCAGUGGUGGGACUACAGAUUCAACACACAAGAGAGGAGGUUCUGAGGCCACUUUAGUCCAGGCAGCAACUCCAAUAGCCACUGAUAUUUCAGAGCCUUUGGAUGAUCCAGAUCAGGAGCUAGAGCUGGACUUUAAUGACUGUAUUUCAGAGCACUUUGCCAGGCAUGAUGCCCCUCUUAGCCUCGAAGAGGACUUUCCUUUAGAUCUGGCAUGUUCUUCUCCCUUCAGUCACCAGCAGGCAGCAGCUUCAAACACUUUAGACACAGGCAGUCUAACACCUGCCACUUGUUCAUCAGAGAUUUCAGACACUGAUAAUAACAGCUUGUAUAGUGAGAUGGGAUCUUCUGCUCUGUUCUUCCAUGGAUGCUCCACAGAUGAUGGACCUGGUGGUGAGGGGAUGAUUCCUGCCACAAUGCUACCAGUCCAUGCCAGCUUCAUAUUCCAAGCAGAUUCAAUGGAAAUAACGUUAUUCCCUACAGACGAUGAGCCAGAAAAUGAAGUUGAUGCAUAUGCUGCUGGAGAGGAAGAAGGGGAUGUGGAUGAAUAUGAUGAUGAAGAUGAAGAUGUGGACUUAAAUGAUGACAGCAAUUUGGAACACCAAGUUGAAGCCAUAAAGAUUGGAGCAAGAGCAGCUGAUGAUCCAAAUGAUGAGGAUACAUCUGCCUCUUUCCUAAAUUCACUCUCUGAGAACUCAAUUAACGAUGGAGUAGAUGAGUCAUUUGCUUUCCAGGAUGACACAGAGGAGUCAAUUGAUUCGACCUCUUGUAAUGGAGAUGAAGAAGACCAUCUGUACAGCACAGAAAGACAUGCUGAGCUGGCACAGCAAUUUCCUCCACAAGAAGACCAUGUGCAGCCUGUAAGCUGUGCACGACCAGAAUCCUCUGGAAGUGAGAGUGAAAUGGAGAUUUCCUCUGGAUCUUCCGGGCAAUCGAAUACAUUAAUUCAGCAACAUAUGUCAGUCUGCAGAGCUCAUGCUGAAGACAUAAGCACACUUAAUUCAAAGACAGAAUGUGCAAAAAGACAAGAUUCCUCAAGCGAUAUUAGGGAACAAAAUGAAGAGAUUCAACAGAUCACAGAUUCCAAAAAUUCAGAAGAGACAGAAAAUGCAUGCUUUGUGGUGUCUCAACAAAGUGUCAAUACAAACAUUCUAGGCUCAGGAAAUCAGGCAAGCUCAGCAGAGCUAGAUAGAGUAUCACAAACAUACUCUAAACCAGUCCUUUGUGUGCUUGGUGCCACAGCAGCAGGCAUAGAUAAUAAGAUAAAUAUUCAGGUUGAUAAAGAUCUAGAUCAGAAAAAUGGAAAUAACUCUGAAUUUUUGAAUACCUCACUCCAGCUUGAUGAGACAGCAACCAAUGAUCUCAACAAGGGAGUCCCUUUGUUGUCCUAUCCUAAAGAUGAUUGUAGCCCCACAAACAUACCAGUUUGUGCCUAUCCCGAGCUGUCUGAAGUACCAGAUAACUUAACCCCUGCUGAUAUUUCCUCAACUGAACAGUCUCUUGACCAAGACAACCUGACCGAAAAUCAACCCAGUACAGAGGAUAUAAGUGUUGGCUCUCUAACUAUGUCCUGUUCUACUUACAGCAAGCUUGCCAUCUCACCAAAGAAGGAGAACGCCCAAAGUAGCAUAACAGAGAAGAGUGUUUCUCCUGAUGAUUGGGCUCCAGAAGAGCCAUUCUGUGACUUCAGGCCAGAUAAUUUGCUUAUGUGUGAGAUAACUGGAUCACUGCACAAUAAGGGGAUAUCUGUAACUCCAAACAUUUCUGCCCCGUAUAACAUGAUGGGUGAUCUCGAGGAUAACAACAGCUACUGUCUCUUGCCAGAAAAGAUGUCAAAUAACGAAGCUGGUAUGCUGGAGACAAAUUUGUCCACUUGGAAAUCCAUUGAGGACCUCUCAGAGGCAGGAGGGGGUGAGGAUGAUGCAAACAACCUCCAGAAUCCAGACAAUAAUGCACUUAUACAAUGCCAUUCAGAAAAUAUUCGGGAAACUACAUGGAACAACCCUGAAAAAAGCCGUUCACCCAGUAUGCCAGGUGCACAGUCUACAUGUAUACCAUUAAAUAUUCUUUCACAUGAUGGGAAAGAUGAGAAAGACCAGCCUACUGACACAGAUUUUAAUAUUCCUGAGGAACCCACAUCAAAAAUACUCAUAAAUGAAAGCCCAAACAUUUUGCGCAAACAGGGAACAGAAGUCCUGGAUUCAGCUCAAGAAGAGGAUAAGGCACUCAUUUUAGGUUAUAACAAUUUGUACAAACAAAACGAUCUCUGUGAGCCCAACACGACAAAUAAAAUAUCAGACAAGCCAAGUGGAAUACAGAUUCAUGAAACUUCUGAACAAAUGUGUCUGGUAAAUACUGAUUCAACAGUCUCAGAAAACAAGCUUGUAUUUAAACUAGAAGGAGGGUCAUUUGGCAACUUUGACCACAAAAAGAAAUCAAGUGAAGCAAAGCGUCAUAUUUCCUCUUCUGACAAGUCUCUGAUACACAAAAAGAUAGCUACCUGCUCUCUUACAAUUGGGGCAUCAAAUUUAGAUGCCAGGCAAUUACAGUCUAACAUAAGAAAAGAUGAAAAUCAUGUCAAUUUUCUGAGUCAAGUGGCUGACAAACAAAUUCAACCAAAGAGUGAAAAUAGUACAUGUAUAUCGCUCAAGGAAAAGAAGGCCAUUGAAACAUGCACAAUAAAGGAGACAAACAAAAAUGUCAGAGAGAAGAAUACUGUUUUUGAACUAAGUAAAGAUGAGACUGAAGUUCCACAGGAAACACGUAAUUCUGAUGCAGAAAAAGGAGAACUGAAUACUACCAUAGUGAACUGUGGUAGGGGAAAAUCUGUUUCAGAUAGCAAGACACCAAAGGAAGCUGCCACCUCUGACAACAGCAAAAUUGCCCUGGAGAAAAUAGAAGACAUCAGAAAUAAAGAGAGUAAAGAGACUAAAAAAACACAAACAUCUGCAAAUCAUACAUUUUCUCAGCAUAACAAAAAUACUCCAGGAACUCAACAGCAAUUACAUGCUAGCGAUUCUAGUGGAGAGAAAGAUACUCAUCAAACUGUAUUCCAGCCUGCAGAAUCCAGCUCCAAUACACUUGAAAGAAACACCAAUUUCAGAGAAUCGACAGGUUCUACUGACUCAGAUGGUCUCAGCAAUUCAAACCAGAAAGAAGCACUUUAUCAUGGUACAUUAGAAGGGCUGGAAUCACACAAAAGCACACAAGAUGCAAGUGAUGAUGUCAGGGACGCCUCUAUUUUUGUAGAAGAAAUUUCAGAACUCAGCACACAUCUCGCUUCUUCAUCAUCCACAGAUGUGUUGGAGGAGGAUCUUCGUGCACCUAUCCAAGAGUCCCAGUCUUCAUUUAACAGUUCUCAAAUACACAAUCUCCUCACUCACAGAGAAAAAACACUAAAUGAUGGACUGCAUCAACAUGAAUCACAGAGCUCUCUUCAAGUGAUAAAUACGGAACAGCCAGAUGUUGAGUCUGAGGAAGAAUUAUCGAUCUCACUUCCAGUACAGGAUACGCAUCAAAUUGUGAACGAGCAGUCAGGCUUAAAGUCAAACACUUGCAAACAAGAGAAACCUGAAGCAGUGGGCAUAGAACACAGACCCGAAUCACCCAAAAGCCCCCAAACCCACCCUGUUCGAUGUAUAGGAAACAGAGAUAGUACUCCUGCUCACAGAAAAUCUAGCCUGAGCAAAGAAAGAGAGAUAUUACCAUGCAUCACCUCUGCAUUAAAUUUCCCUGUGCAAGCAAGACAACAUCCAACUGAAAAGCACACUGAUCAAGAGGAUGGGUGUUCAACCAAUGACAGAACAAAUGAAUCUAAGGAAGUGGAUCUCUCCUUAAAAAAUAACAUCGGCUCAUGUAAUGAAACAGACAGUGAUGGAUCAAUUCCUGAGCUGGAAGAACCAACCAGAAGUCUCUUGAAAACUUCAGACCCACAAAUAUCACAUUCUACAGCGGAUGAGUCGGUGAGCAAAACUAAGCAGAGUCGAAGUGAGAAAAAGGCACGAAAGGCUAUGUCUAAGCUUGGCUUAAAACAGAUCCAUGGAGUUACACGGAUUACGAUCCGGAAGUCCAAGAAUAUCCUAUUUGUAAUUACCCGCCCAGAUGUCUUUAAAAGCCCUGCAUCAGAUAUCUACAUAGUCUUUGGGGAGGCCAAGAUUGAGGACCUGUCACAGCAAGUGCACAAGGCUGCAGCAGAGAAAUUUAAGGUUCCGCUUGACCCGUCCCCUGUCACCCCUGACAUCAUGCCCAACCUCACCAUAAAAGAGGAGAGUGAGGAAGAAGAAGAGGUGGAUGAGAGUGGACUGGAACAGAGAGAUAUAGAGCUGGUCAUGGCGCAGGCUAAUGUGGCUCGGGCUAAAGCUGUCCGUGCAUUACGUCACAACAAGAACGAUAUUGUCAAUGCUAUUAUGGAGCUAACCAUGUGAUAGAAGAGGUCUUGACCACCCCCAGCUUUUUUCCUGGCAUACCCAUCAACCCUUCCCAGUAAUGCUGCUACGUACUUUCAAUGUCCUUUACCUGCUAAAUAAACUCUAUAAAAAAACGA